UACCUCAUUCAAUCGUUAUUAAAAUUUCUAUCUCAUUACCAACAGGCAACUACCCUCUCUGCCGAAUCCUGACCAACCUGUACGAGGUGUGUCCCUCCCCGCUUGAGGGUCACGCCACGGCGCUGGUAUCGCUGCUUCCUCACGCCGAGCAGGUGGAGAAGAACUCUCUGUUCGCGCUGUUCGAGCUUGUCGCUAUGCGCCGGCCCGAGGCGCUUAGGACUUGUGUACCGCAGUUGCUGUCGUAUCUGUGUCCGAAUACUGCGGCCCAGGACGAUCCGGGGUGCAUGUGUGUUGAUAUUUUGCAAGUGAUAGUGUGCGUCAGUCGUCGGCGGCCAUCGCUCGUGGCCGAGCAUACGGCGUGCAUCCAGCGCGCCGCGCGGCCGCCGCACGCGACGCCGCGCGCGCUCGCGCUCGUGGCCGCCGCGCUCGCGCACCCCGGGUACACCGACAGGGAACGAGCUCAGGAAGCGUUGAACUUCGUGCUAGAACACUUGCCAGCCGCAGAAGGCGCGCAGGCGGCGCUGCUGCGGGAAGCGACAGCUCUGUGCAGCGCUUUCCCUGCGCUUUUCACAGAGCGCGUGCUAACCGCCGUGCGACACCACAGCAGCAAUCGACCGAAAACCGAACCGUCACACGGCGAGAUCAAUAGAACAUCUGGGGGCGUCACCAUCGUUAAACUAGGAGGGCCCACGCCCACACCUGCACCGACUACAUCGGUCGCUACGUCAUCGUCGGUCGCGUCGACCGCGUCGGUCCCGGCCGCGUCGGUCCCGGCGGCCGGCUACACGCGGCGGGCCAAGUUAGGCGACUCGCGGAGUACGGGCCGCCUGCACCCCGGGCCUAACUCGCAUCGCAGCAUGACACGACUCAACGUGGCUGGUGGAUCAGUGGGCGGCCUUCACAAGAGCAUGACAAGACUAUCUUCAUCACAGCAAAUCAACUCUCAGCAAAACGUCAACGGUCCACCUACCACAGGCAGCAAGCCGGCCAACGCAUCGCCGCCGCGCGCGCCGCGUCCCGCCGCCCGCAGUCAUCACCACAACAUCCUCAUCGGCUCCGCCGGCUCCACGCACAUUAGUUCUGGAACCACGAUAAUAUCGGGUCCGCCAGCGCUGCAACAGUCCAUCGCAGUGAGCGCGCGCUCGUCGGACGCGCUCGCGCCGGCGCCCGCGCUGGGCCACGUGGCCGUCGUCUCCUCGCACGCCUGCGCCGCGCCCGCCAUCAUAUCGCAAGGCUCCGGCGGGACAGCGGCGGCGGCGGCGGCGGGUCCGGCGGCGACGGCGGCGGGCAGCCCGGCGGCGGCGGCGCGGCGCGGCAACAACACCAGCGUCACCAUGAUCAACUCCAACCGCAUCAGCGUGUUUGAGCCCUACCCCAUGCGUGACACCGUCCAGCACUUUUGCGAGAAGCACUUGGACAAGAUCAAAGCUUACAUGGACAACGUGUCGCUACGGCUCCCGCCGCCCGCCAAGUGCACCAUCGAAGAGCGUCGCUCGAAGAAACAAGCGCGUUUACAAUUCGCAUGCGGUCGCCGCGGGCCGCACUGCCUGUUCGCACGAGCGCUGUUCUGCGUGCGAACGCGCGCGCCUCGCGUGUGGAUCCACCUGAUGUUCCUGGCGCUACAGGCGCGUCACGCGUCGGCGCUGUCGUCGCGCGACCCCACCGUGGCGUCACUCAAGCACUGCUGGGACAUCCUCAAGUGCGAGAACAAGACCUUCCUUACUGUCGUCACCAGCGCCUUUCCCGGCCUCAAGGAGCAAGAGAUGGUGGCGGACGAGCUGCGUGCGGCGGGCUUCUUCGACGUGUUCUCGGUGCCGGGCGGCGCGCCGCAGCAGCCCUGGCGCUGCUUCCUGUGCGCUCACCCCGAGCGCGCACAGGGCUUCGUGGCCGGCGCCGCGCCCGUCAUCGAGGGCCAGCUGCAGGAGAAGAAGGGCCGCUGGCGCCUCUUCCGGCGCUGGCGCACCAGAUACUUCACGCUCUCCGCCGCGCACCUGUCCUGCAAGGGCUCGAGCGGCGGCGAGAGCAUAGACAUCAACCAGAUCCGGUCGGUGAAGGUGUCCCGCGGCGCGCGCAACAUCCCCAAGGCGUUCGAGAUUUUCACCGGCGACCAGACGCUCAUCCUCAAGCCCAAGCACGGCAAGGACGCCGAGCAGUGGGUGCAGUGUCUUAGCAUCGCCGUCGCCCACUCGCAAGCGCGCGACGCGCCCGCCAAGGCCAACAGUCUGCCCGCCCGUGGACUUACGCUCAAGAGCUUCUAGUAAGUGAAAAUUCUUUAAUGCCUCACUUGGCAUCAUGUACUCGCACGUAGGCUAGAGACUAGGGACGUUGGCUAUGGCUAAUACUCUGUCUGCCCGUGGCCUUACGCUCAAGAGCUUUUAGUAAGUUCCACAUUCUGUCCGCAAACUGCAUUAUGCAUAAUUUAUGCUACAUCAAACUUGAUAUCGUCGCGCACUCACAGGCGCGCGACGCGCCCGCCAAGGCCAACAGUCUGCCCGCCCGCGGACUCACGCUCAAGAGUUUCUAGUAAGUUCUACUAGGCCUGUUCAUCUCCGCGAGUUUGCAUCGAAAACAAAACACGCGCGACACACCUGAGAUAUCUAAUCGACAGGACAAUCACGAGCUAGCAUCGUGUACUCGUAGGCUAAGCACGGCAAGGACGCCGAGCAAUGGGUGCAGUGCCUUAGCAUCGCCGUCGCCCACUCGCAAGCGCGCGACGCGCCCGCCAAGGCCAAUAGUCUGCCCGCCCGUGGAC